AUGGAGGAUGGAGAUAAUGGAAACGAUCCACUGAGUGUGGAAGUGCGGAGAGUGUGGGAGGUCUGUGGAUAUGAAUUCCGGGUCCGUGGUGGUAAGAAACCUUCACCUAUUCAGCUGGCCAAGGAAACACUUAGUACUGAUCCUCGCCCCAAGAAAGCAAGAUUGAUUACUGAGCUGUCUGUCACCAUUAACUACUCCGUAAAGAAAGUCGGAUGUUUAAAUCAGCCACGAGGAUACCCUAGACAGGCAACUGCGGAAAAGUCCGACUGCGAGCGCGUUUUAGGAAAAUGGUUCAUUUCUUUUGUAGUGCCAUCGGUGGUUAUGCUUAUACAACAAUUAGUCAACGACGAGGUAGCAGGCAUCAUCUUCAGCCUUGGCGACCUUUGUAUUUUCGCUCCCAAUACGACUACUACUAGUCCUGCUUCUAGAUGUUUGCUGAAAGUUUCGACUCCUUCUCUGCAGCCUGAGUCUUUGUUGACGGUUAAGCCACCCUCGGCAAGAUUCCGCCUCCGAUGAUUGUAACUGUCGGUGACGCAACCGUUUCUAUGGGUGGCGAUGUGCCAUGUAAAGUUAGUUGAGCAGUGAAUUCUUCUAAUAUACCCAAUCUAUAGCAGUUCUUUGGCGAGGUGAUAAGGUAAAGAAUAAUGUG